UCGUCUUCCUAUGAUCCAAUCUGCGCACCCGUUGGCUGGUGGGGACAAGAUGCUGGUGCAUGAACUCGUACCGGUAGACGAUGCGUGGCGUCUGCGAUGCGUCUGUAUGGAGCAGCACUGUAUGUACCUGUAUAUACUGUAUGUCUGUAUGUGUGUAGCACACGUGUAUGUAUGUAUGUCUGCAUAUGUCGGGCAGAGCUACGGCGAAUAGCGUCUGGGCAGGCUCUGGAUUCGACGGUUUCUUCGGUCGGACGGUCGCGUGUGGAUAUGGCGACUGCUCGUUCCUGGUGAUGAUUGCAGUUCCAGGUCGCUGGUCGGGGUCUGGCGGUCCUCGUUCGCCUAUCAAAA